GCACCCAAAAGCAAAAAGGGACUCCUUUGUGGCUUCGUUAGGGUUUAAGGUGCCAUCGCCAGUUCUUUUGCACUCUCCAGGACGAGGACGACGAGUUGUUACUGCGAGUGAUCGUCCUGUACAACGUGCAGCGAAGAUGAAGACGAUUCUGUCAUCGGAGACUAUGGAUAUUCCCGACGGUGUUAAGAUUAAGGUGAAAGCCAAGCAGAUCGAGGUGGAGGGACCCCGCGGGAAGCUUACUCGCAACUUCAAGCAUCUCAACCUCGACUUCCAGCUCAUCACCGAUGAGGCCACCGGAAAGAGGAAGCUCAAGGUCGACGCUUGGUUCGGCUCCCGCAAGACCACCGCCGCCAUUCGCACUGCCCUCAGCCACGUUGAGAACCUCAUCAGCGGCGUUACCAAGGGUUACCGCUACAAGAUGAGAUUCGUCUACGCUCACUUCCCAAUCAAUGCCUCCAUCACCAACUCCAAUCGUUCUAUUGAGAUCCGUAACUUCCUUGGCGAGAAGAAGGUGAGGAAGGUGGACAUGCUUGAAGGAGUCAGUGUUGUCCGGUCUGAGAAGGUUAAGGAUGAAUUGGUGUUGGAUGGCAAUGACAUUGAGCUUGUUUCCCGAUCUGCAGCCCUCAUAAACCAAAAAUGCCAUGUGAAGAACAAAGAUAUCCGGAAGUUCCUUGAUGGUAUCUAUGUCAGUGAGAAGGGGCGAAUAGUGGAGGAGGAAUGAGGAGAGUUAGUGUGCUAUAUUUCUUAGUUCUCUUGGGCUAAUGCCUUUUAUCAUAUCCGAGUUACUUGUGGAGAUUUGUUAUUAGAUGACUUCUAUUUUGAACUUAAAAAUUUUGUGUUGCAAGGCUCUUUUCAUCAGACUUUGCUUAAUACAGUUAUGGUUUCAAAUGUUUUCGAGUUA